ACAAAGAGGGUUAUUCUCUAGUAAUUAAUGGAGGCUACUACGUGCGUGGAAUUUUACACUUCCGGUCGUCGUCGUCAUCAUCUCUCCCCCCCACUGGUGCGAGUACUACUGAAAUGCAUCCGGAAUUAGGAGGAAAACAAGAUGAUUCAUCGCGCGAGGCCCUAAAUACUUCAACUUUCAACUUGACUCACAUACUCGCAAGUCUGUGGCUUUGGUUGGGGUGGAAUUACCAAACCCCCCAUGGGGAAGUUCCGCUCGUUUGACAACUCGGCGUCGGUUGCUCGGAGCGAGAAACUCGGCGUCGGUUGCUCGCUCGCGCUUGCCAAACUGGUUUUUUAAAUGAGCGGCUUGAGCGCGCUUGGCGCAAAGAACGUGCGCGCACUGUUGCUAGGCAGCCGAUUGCGCGCGCGCGAGCCCUCCGCGUGGAAAAAGCCGAACGCUUGGAAGGUCGCGUUAAAGAUCAGCACCCGUCGUCGUAACGCAAAUCCCAAAGCGUGAUAUGAAGCUUUUUGUUUGCAUUUUCUUGUUUGGGGGUUUCUUUCACUCUUGUUAUUUCACUUGGAAUAAUUAAAACAGAUUGCACAUCGCUGUCGCUUUCGACUUCGCUAUCGCGCGGCACUGAUCCAGUGAGCGUUAGUAAUUAAGUGUCAAUUAGCUAAGUAACUACGGGGACAAACACACACCCCCAAUGGCCAUGACAAUGCAGCGGUCUGUAUGGCGUCGUGCAUAACUUUUAGGCGCCGGCAUGCCGUUUUGGCAAGACAGGAAACACCCACGCUUGUGUCGUUAGGAGGAUAUUUUACGCUUCUUCGAGCAGACGACGGAAUGAAAAUGAAUAGAGCUUCCUUCCCUUGGCCUUCCAGAAGCCUUUAAUGUUUGCUCUGCUGUGUCUGUGUGGGUGUGUGUUUGUCUGCAUACGAUUAAAACUGUUUCUUUGCUCCUUUUUCUUUCUAUUUGUGUUUACUUUUCCUAACUAUCCCUUUUGCAAAGGACUUCUGCAUUUAGCCCCAUGAUGUGUCCCAGUUUCAAUGGUUGGUUUCUACAAGCGGCGCGGAAUUGCCUUCUUUUGAAUGGCUAUGUCAACGGCAACGAUUGACACACACACGCCGGGCUUCUCCUCUAACUUCCCUUCACUCACAACUGAGGGGGGGAAAUGUUUGGUCCUUUUUUGUGGAAAAUGUCUAUUUAUAACAAAAAAGCCAACACUGUUUUCCACUUGCUCUCUCGUCUCUUCCUGCUGCGCUGCCAUUCCUGUCCACUGUCACAUCAAAGUGGGAACGAUGCACACUCCUUUGGGCAUGCGCAUUUGGACGGUGUUUGGUCGUCGACGACUGUUUUUGACGAACACCACACAGUUGCUCAAAAUGUUAGAAACAAAAGUGUGCUUUUUUGCUGUUGUGUUGCUUUUGACUUCUGUAACAUUUAGAGUGGCAUUUCCUUUAGGUCCUCUGAUGUUGUUUUUUUGUUUUUUGGUUGCAAACACAGCUGUACGCCGAGGAGAGAGCCAGAGAAAACGCCGAAACGUCUUCUCGUUCGUGUUGGUCUAUUGCAAUGGCAUUCAGCUGGUGUUCAGCGAUGGUUACGUGUCCCUCCGAUCGAGGCAUUUGUGUGAAUGCAAAAAGAAGCGGGAAAGGAUUUCCACGGCCCUCUUUCUCGGCACAGAAACCCAGUGAACCGUGCGAAAAAAAACGCCGCAAAAUCCUCGCUCAUAGGAGAAACAGUGUGGGAAAGAGCAGCACCGAACAGCAGCGAGAGCAAACAUUGGCUGGCAGGUGGAAAAUUGCCGCUCCGAAGAGCUUUUUCCCGAACCCACACGAACACACACCGGGUGGCCGCCGCCGGCCCGAACAUUUCGCGAGAAGCGAUUUUUCCUUUGCUGAGCGAGUACACUGAGAAUGGUCCGUGUUUGUGUGUCCCCAGCACCUGCUAUUUUCUGUAGGGAAAAUACAUCCACGAAACCCCGAACCUUCCCAAACACUCUUGGUGGUGCUCGUUUGGUUUGGGGGUCUCGCCCGCAGCGCCCGCGAAUGAACACGGGAAUAUAUCCAUUCGGGUUUGUGGUGCCAGCAGUUGCUACCAGACGGUCGCGUAACACUGUGGUCCGGUUGCUCUCUGCGUCAAGGUGCGCUGGUUGGUGUCGUGUUGUGUCGUGAGGUGCAAGCCGUCCCCAAAAAAAGUGCAGAAAAGAAGGAGCGAAAAGACCGUCCCAAGGACGCCCGCGUCGAGAAACAGACGCAUUCGGUCGGGAAGCAGGAGGAGCGUGUGGUGCCACGGCACAGUAGUGUGCCGACGGUGAAAAACGGAACCACAAUCAUUCAUCGUGAUGAGUUCGUUGGCAAUGUUUCGCGUUUUUGGGUGAAUUCUUUGGGCGAAAUUCCCAACCCCUGUGCACUGCUCGUUUCCGCAAACGCAAAUUGCGCAUACAGACAACAACGGAGCGGUGAACCGCUUCGUUAGGACCCUCGCUCGACGCGGAAGUUACGUUAUUCAGUUCCGCUGCUACCGACAACGACGUGGUGUGGUAGUUUAUCGAUCCUGCCCGCCCGCACGCACGGUUAGAGAGGACUCCAGGAAGGUGCAAAUCAGCUGCCGUCCAGUGCGCGUAUGGAUACACUGGACAGUGAUUUCUAUGUCGAGCUAGUGAUCAAGUACUUGGAUAUCGGUGAGGAUCUAAACGUACCUGAUGACUUCACACAGAGCGAAAUGCAAACCGGUAUGUGGUGGCGCCAUCUGGCGGCCGGUGGAAUUGCCGGUGCAGUGUCGCGGACGUGCACGGCCCCGCUGGAUCGGCUGAAAGUGUUCCUGCAGGUUCAAGCAUCUAAACAGAGAAUCUCAGAUUGCCUUCAGUACAUGCUGAAGGAGGGCGGCGUGCGGAGCCUGUGGCGCGGCAACUUUAUCAACGUGCUGAAGAUCGCCCCGGAGAGUGCGAUCAAGUUUGCCGCGUACGAGCAGGUGAAGCGGCUGAUCCGCGGCAACGACAAGCGCCAGAUGACGAUCUACGAGCGGUUCGUGGCGGGCGCGUGUGCGGGCGGCGUCAGCCAGACGGCAAUCUACCCGAUGGAAGUAUUAAAGACGCGGCUCGCGCUGCGCAAGACCGGCGAGUACAGCAGCAUACUGGACGCGGCAUCCAAGAUCUAUCGGCGCGAGGGGCUGCGCUCCUUCUACCGCGGCUACAUUCCAAACAUGCUCGGCAUCAUCCCGUACGCCGGCAUCGAUCUGGCGGUGUACGAAACGCUGAAGAAGAAGUACCUUAGCCACCACGAGACGGAGCAGCCGAGCUUCUGGCUGCUGCUGGCGUGCGGCAGCGCCUCGAGCACGCUCGGCCAGGUGUGCUCGUACCCGUUGGCGUUGGUGCGGACGCGACUACAAGCGCAAGCGGUCACAAUCGGUCCCAAUCCGGACGGCAGCGUAGCGGUCGAGCCGAACAUGACGAACGUGUUCAAGCGAAUAAUACAGACGGAGGGCCCGGUCGGUCUGUACCGGGGCAUUACGCCGAACUUCAUCAAAGUAUUACCGGCCGUCUCGAUCAGCUACGUCGUGUACGAGUAUACGAGCCGUGCCCUCGGCGUCAACAUGACGUGAUCUGUUUCCCGCGUCGAUCGUACACACCAGCAGCAGCAGCAGCGCCGGGAGGUCGCACACUCUUCGCUUCGUGGCAUUCGCGCCUCCCCGCUCCAUCUUACCAUGGGGGAAACGUCAUCCUUCUUCGCACCCAACUCCUUUUGCCAUCUACCAUUCAACCUGCCUGUCUGCCUUGUGGCUGCCCACGAAAGUAGACAUGAUUUUAUUGCGGUCUCUUCUACUGUAUCUACUUGCAGUAGUAGUAGUAGUAGUAGUUGGGAUGAUCGGUUGAUGCAGAUGUCUGUUUCGGUUCGGCAUUUGCCCGUCUAGUGAAUUGGAAAAACGAAUUACAACCAAAACACCAAACAAUUCCCCCAACAUGUUGUUGAACAAAGAGCAAUAGAGCCUUUUUCUGAUUACUACUGAUACGCUACUGCAAAGCUCUCCAUACAAUCGUCCCUUUUUCCUGCGCUUCCUUUACCUUUUUUUGUGUUGCUCCGUCGGAGUUCGGGAUGAGUUAGAAGGAUGAGAUUGUGCAGUAGUAGGAAGAGAAGAGUAACAGGGACGGGGAUGGGAGUAAAUGUUAACCGAUGAAGCAGAAGCAGCAGCGACUGUGCCCGUGGCAGUUGGGUUGGCAGUGCGCAGCAGUGGCGAACGAAGCGACAGCGAGUCCCGAACAGCAUCUAGACACACGAACGAAUGAAUGGCGGAUGGUGGAUUAAAUUAUUUCUUUUAUUUUUAAUAGUAGCCAAUUUUCAAAUUAGUCCCCCUCCCCAAAUUCCAUGUAUUCAAUUUAUUUAACCUGCAAAAAAGAAACCACCCAACUCUCAGCGCACUUACGCGAGCACGUGCGCGCGCACGCCCACUCGCACGCACAUGCCCUUCCGGACGCGAAUGGGGACGAGUAAUGAUAGAAACACUGUGGAAGCGGUGGAAGUGAUUGCAUGUUUUGCACGAUCAAGACAACAGCAACCCACACACCAGUUCGUUCCUUAUUGCCGUUUGGGAAGCAGCUGACAGCCCCGACCGACGGAAAGGGGUGGGAGGGCCCUUGCAACUCUCCAUUUGUAUCUAAAUAGUAGCGCUAGUUAGGACUUGUAAAGCAAUCAAAGAAAGUGGCUCUCUCUCUCUCUCGCGCGCUCUCACAAACAGACACACUUAUAGUAUCUUCCUACAAACUUCCUGCUUUUCUAUCAUUACUCUCUAGCGGCUCGGAAUGUUGUGCAAAGUGCGAGAGGAAAGGUGCGCGCGCGCGACCGCGUCGCUUUUUGGAGGUUAGAGAGGUGAUAAAAGAUACGAAACACGGAAGAUUUCUGUUCGAACGGCAAGAAAAACACGCGCAGAAACUGAAUAUGGAAUAUGAUUGGUUCUACGGGGUCUGCGCCUAAAGGCGUGAGAGCAUCAACAGGAUAAACCAGAUAGUGAACAGCAGGAGAAAAAAAAAUGAAAAUCACACACAGAGAGAAAAGGGUAGCAGCGGUACACGAGCGUACACAACUAGUAAAGACUUUUACAAUUUUAAAUUAUUUAUUAUUAAAAGGAAAACGCAGCAGAGAAGUACACAGUAUGAAGGUUAAACGAAACAGAAAAGAGAAGAAAAAGGAAGAGGAAGGGAAAAAAACAGCACGAAGAUGAGCGGAGAAGAUGAAAACAUAUUACAAUACAAACAAAACAAAGUACUAAAUACGAAACCACCCCCACUGGGCAAGUUGUGUUUGUAUGCGAACGAAGCCGCGCUAUCGCAGCCGUAACGAUGCAAGUUGAGAAAUGGGAUUUUUGUUUGCAUGUUUUUGUUUUUGUUUUACCCAUUUGUGUUUCCAUUCAUUAUGUUAUAUAUAUAUAAGCGUUAUCAUGCACUAUCGUUUACAUUGUGUUAUCUUGCCUUCUUACUAGACAAUUCAUUCAUUACUUGCUGUUGGUUUCAAAGCAACAUGUGAUUUAGUAUCAUUUAUGUUCACUUACUUAUCUCAUUUUUUCAUUUACAUUUACAUUACCCAAACACAGAAGUAGUCGAGUGGCCAAUAACGAUAACGAAUCCAUCUCGUGGAUAGAGCGUGAAACAGAAGACUAGUUAAUGGAAAACCAUGAUAAAACCGGAAGGAUAUUGCAAACAAUAUACUACUACUACUUCUACUACUACUAUUAAACAUAAUUUACUAACCAAUAGAAGAAAAAAAAAACAAAAGGCAACGUGCGCAAGCAAGCACACCUUCGUCAGCAAAACAUGUUUUGCAAGUUAUUUCUCCUGUGAUCAUGGAUGUUAAACUUAAAUAUUAUUAUAUACUGAAAGCAUACAAGUAUAGUGCGCCUUCAACGAGAGUAAAAAAUAAAGCGAAAGAAAGAGAGCUACUAACGAUCGAAAAGUACUCUGCUGAGUGUGCAACAGCUGGAAGGGAAAAGGAAGCUUACGAGGCUGAACACGUGAACCACAGUUAUGCAGAGUUGAAUCAAAUGCAUUGCAAUGAAUCGAACAAGCAUGUAAAACUUGGACGUUGAACACUGCACCCGUCUUUUCUCUGGUUAAACAUAGAGGGAGAAGCAAAAGCCACAAAACCAAAUUCCUUAAAUGAAAUAGAAACGCAAAACGGACAAGCGGAAAGCAAACGCAACAACUGAAAUAGAAAACUACACAGUAGACGGAGAGCGAGAGGGAGAUUUAGUUAGGGUGUUAGGGUAGUAGGAUGAUUUUGAAAGGGUGAAAUGAAAACGAGCCAGAGGUAGAACGGCACACUAAAACAGUAUGGAAAACGAACGGCGGAUGAUGAUGGUGCGGGGAGGGGGUGUAUAAUAACGAAAACUUACGAAAACACUUUUGUGCGCAUUUGUUACCAGUGCAGUGAUAUCUAUGUAGUGGAAUGUUUUCCGUUUUAGUUUUCAAAUUUACACAUGAAAACGUAACACGGAAAUUGUUAAACAAAAAUCUAACACACACAAUUCGAAGUUCAUGUUAAUUCAUCUGUUUGAAGCUCAGUCACACACACACAAACACAAACCAUGUUCAUGUAACUCUAAUAGUUAACAACACGCUUAAAAGUGGUUAUUAAAAAGGCAGCAAACAACAUUUAACAAGAAAAGGUAACAUUUAAUCCCUUUCACACACACACCCUCUCUCUCUCUCUCUCUUGAUAUCAAUAGCUUAUAACACAAACAGCAGUGCAAAAGUGGAUGAAAAUAGAACCAUUUUUCCCUCCAUCGUUUGUUCUGUCGUUAGUUCAAAAACAUUUAAAUCGCAAACAGUACAUGUGUGCGUGUGUGUGUGCAUGUUCGCUGAGUGUAAUACUGUCGAAAGAGCAAAGCAAAACUGGUAUUUAGUAUAAUGCACACACAAACACACACACAUCCGUCACACACACACACACACACACACACACCACGUGUCAGCCGUAAAACUGGCCAAAUUUACAAUAAUAGCAAUGAAAUGAAUAAAGAAA